AGCGGGAAUGAGCGGAGGGGUACCACGGAUGAUACCAACACACUUAUGAGGGAGUACCUUCUGCAGCUGCCUGAAAAACGGAGACUUAGAAUUGAACACGAGGCUGAAGAAGAAUGUCGACGUAAUGAAGAAGAGACCAGGAGGAGCAGAGAGAAUCGACGCCUACAACCAAUGGAGGAACGACAAAGACUAGAGGAAGAGCGUGACGUGAGACUACUACGCAUCAUACGUAGCGAGAUGCGUAAGGGCUGCGACGAUGAACGACAGAGAUACGAGAGAAAAGGGAAGAUGGCGGCUAGAGGGAGUGGCACGACAGAAACCAUCGACGACGAGAAAGAAAGGUUACGACGGAUUAUAGCUCCAAGAACUCUUGGGGAUGCUGAAGAUUUUGAAGACGAAGAACUUCUGACUCUAAGGAUGCUUGUUUUCAAGCUUGGGCAGACGGAGAAACGUAAACGUGGACCUGACAUACCGGUCGGGAACAGUCCACCUGUCAUUACGCCGGAGAAGAAGUGUAUGGGAAUGCUCUUGGACGAAGCCCGGGCACGCAUCGAACAGCUAAAGCUUGAAAGAGGAAGCGACAUGGGAACAAUGAGCACACCGACUAAGAUCGACUUAUCGUUGAAACACAUCACGACUUCAUGUGGCCCAGGAGGGAAGGAGAAAUUCGAACAGGAAUGUCUCGACUUCUACGACGCACUGCCCAUUGACGAACUGAAGGAAGCUUGCCGACGGGAGAAAGUCCCAUAUGAAAACAGUGAAUAUGCCAUCAAACGUUUGAUCAUCCAACGCUCGGCGGUGACCUAUGAUCCUACAACGAUUCCGUUACCACUCUCUUCGAUACUGCGCAUGCAAACGCAAAGCAGCAAAGGUGUUGUACUGAAGGAAGAGGCCACUCAAGAACCGUACGAUUCUGAGGCCUCCUUCUCUGAGAAUGAUUCUGAGUGAGGAGUUGGUCGUCGCGACGACUACUGGACGCUGACAGGUGAGGUACGGGAUCGUAGAAUUAGUAGCGGGGGGAUCUGUAAAGAUGAC